CGCUCACUGCGCUCCCUGUUUUUCCUCGCCCCACUCCACCUUACUCCAAACAUUGCAACCUCUUCUCUUCGCCUCCCCCUCCUUCUCUCCUCCCUUUGCUUCCCCUUUACUCUCUCUCUCUCUCUCUCUUCAUGUGUGCAGGUGUGCGCUGUGUUCGGCUUUUUGGCUUCUCUUCUUUCGCAAAGGAGCUAAGGCCGCUUGCCCUUCUCCAGCCUCCUCCACAUUUCGGCGUCACCACGCACAAGCAAGGACAGUAGCGCGCAGCGAGCGCCCGGCUGUUCCAAUUCUGAAGGGGCGCCGCCGGAGUUCGUGAUGGAAUUCUUGUGGGUUUGGUUGGAGGUGCUCCCACGAUAAAGCAGUUAGGAUAAGUUUGUAAAUUCCUUCGUCAAAUCAGGACAAGAUUCUGAAAUAGGAGAGCAUAUCAUACAGUUGUUCAUCAAGCAAACUGAAGAAUAUGUCGUCCCCAAACAAUUCUAUUAGUGAAGCACUGUCAAGAACAACACCAGUAUUCCGUUUGAAAUUAUGGGUCUUGAUUGCCAUUGGCGUUGGGAUAGUAAUGGCAAUUCUGUUUAUCGCUGCACUGUGGCUUUCCGUGCGAAGGAAAAAGACAGUGAAAAGGUUCGACAACACAUCGCUGGCUGAGAUCCAUAUUGUGUCAAAGGAAAUCAACGUUGACAGAGUCGAUGUGCAAAGUCUACAUGACAGCCAAGCGCCCUUCAUGCCAGUGCAUGAUAAAUAUACACAGAUGAAGGGCGUAGCGCAUUUGGCAGAGAGUAGAUCUGUUGAUGUCGAUGCGUUCAGCCAAUGCAGCUCAGUGUACAACAUAGAGAAGGCUGGGAGUUCAUACUCUGAAGAUUACAGUAGUUCCGGGCCGGCUAGAAAAGGCAGUUCACCAUACACAUUUUCAGCUUCACCACUGGUUGGCUUGCCUGAGUUAUCACAUUUGGGCUGGGGCCACUGGUUUACCUUGAGGGACCUGGAGUGUGCUACAAAUCGGUUUGCAAAGAGUAACGUUCUUGGAGAGGGUGGCUAUGGAGUUGUCUACAAGGGUCGGCUGGUGAAUGGGACUGAGAUUGCUGUGAAAAAGAUCCUUAAUAAUAUGGGGCAGGCAGAGAAGGAAUUUAGAGUCGAAGUUGAAGCCAUUGGUCACGUUCGACAUAAGAAUCUGGUGCGGCUUCUGGGCUACUGUGUGGAAGGGAUACACAGAAUGCUUGUCUAUGAGUAUGUCAACAAUGGCAACCUAGAACAAUGGCUUCAUGGGGCCAUGAGUCAACGUGGUGUCCUUAGUUGGGAAAACCGUAUGAAGAUUCUCCUUGGCACUGCAAAAGCGCUCGCAUACCUUCAUGAGGCCAUAGACCCCAAAGUCGUACAUCGAGAUAUUAAGUCAAGUAAUAUCUUAAUCGAUGAUGAAUUCAACAGCAAGGUUUCUGAUUUUGGGUUGGCCAAGCUUCUGAAUUCUGACAAAAGCCAUAUCAAUACAAGAGUGAUGGGAACAUAUGGGUAUGUUGCGCCCGAAUAUGCAAACAGUGGGAUGUUAAAUGAAAAGAGUGAUAUUUACAGUUUUGGAGUGGUGUUGUUGGAAUCUGUGACAGCUAGGAAUCCAGUUGAUUACAGUAAGCCUGCUGAUGAGGCGAAUCUUGUAGAGUGGCUUAAAAUGAUGGUUACCAAUAAGAGGGCAGAGGAGGUAGUGGAUCCAAACCUCGAGAUUAAACCACCAAAACGUGCCCUUAAGCGGGCAAUCUUGGUUGGCCUGAAGUGUGUUGAUCCUGAUGCUGACAAAAGGCCAAUGAUGAGUCACGUCGUCCAAAUGCUUGAAGCAGUUCAAAAUGCAUAUCAACAAGAUCAGAGAAAGCUCAGUCAGGUGGGAAGCAUGGAUAUCGAGUCGCAGCAGUCGCCAGAAGAGAUUUCAAACGGUGCUGAUUCCUGAAGCUCCAAUUCUGAACAAGCACAGAAAAUAGGACACCUGAAGUCAUUUGAUAACAACAGCUGGUUUGAUCAAUAUUCAGUAUUUGUUUGGAUCAGGUUUACAUUUUGCAUAUACCGGAGGCCGUGGCUAAAUCGAUAGGAGCAAGCUGCUCAUUACCGUUUUCCUUUUACCCCUUUUUCUGGGUGUGCUUCUAUACUCCCCUAAAAGAAUUGCCGUGUUCUCUUUUACCAUAGGAUAUGUGUAGUUUUCCUUUAGGGGAGCAUAGAAGCACUUUCUUCAUCUUUAUGUAUCGUUCGAGUUACCAGGAGGGACUAAUCUCAAAUGCAUUACUGUAGUUACCGGAUACCCUUGUAUAGAAGGUUUAUGGGAACCUCAGUUUUACCCUAUAAAAGCAUAAAUUUGAGCAGUGA